GGUAUAUAUGUGGGUGUGUGAAUGUGUGCUCCAGCGGGGUGGAUUUGCUGCAGCUGGCUGUGACCAUCAGAGCUGGUGCAAGAGGGGCAGUCGGGCUGGUGCUGCUGUUUCUGGGUGGGGUCGUCCCAGAUCUGAAGCCCCACAUCUAGCGAUCUCUUUCUGUCUGCCAGCUCGCCCCAAGAACCGCAAUGCCGCAAUUUCACGCCCGGUAGUGUGUGAGGGCGGCCUUGUUUGAGUCCUGACAACUGGCUCCAAGGUAUGUGUGUGUGUAGGGCAGUUUGAGAAGUGUGCAAUGGAGAUUUCGUACUGGACACGUUAGCCCUAUGAGCGCUUGCGGAGGGAGCACGAGCAGGGAGGGAUCGAGCAGGAUUUGGACAAGCCUCCGAUGGACCCAGAUGUGUCUGUCUAUCCGCUGCCCGUCCUUCUGGUGUCUCUUUGUCAGGGGCAGAGCGUUGGGCUCGUAUCAGGGGCUGGAGGUGAGCGUUUCCCUCCGCCACAGCCGACCCCGCGCCGCCCUCCAAGGUCCUGCUGCCGGGGAGCAUGCGGAGGAAGAGCCCUGCUCCUUGUACCCGCUUUGCUGCUUCUGCUACUGGGACUCGGAGCCUGUUUGCUGCUUCUCCGCCGGGCUUUGAUUCAGGGAGCUGGUCGUAGCAGGGAACCCGACUGGCUGGAUCUUCUCAGGGGAGAGGAUGAGGAGGAGGGGCUCAGCACAGAUGAUGCUCCACGGACGCACGGCAGUCCCGUCUCUUCCUUCCGAUGGUUCCCUGAGUCUCUUCCCACGCUCACCCCGGGCACGGCCUCCUCCGAGCCUACCUCCAGCCCAACGAGCACCCUUGCCCUUGCCCUCACGCCGCCCAGCAGCGCCCCACCCCCUCUGGUAACCACAACGUUUUCUACCGGUUCGGGCCACGCCAGAAAAUGCAACGACACAGAGAAGGCAUACUGCGUGAAUGGCGGUGACUGUUACUACAUACAUGGUAUAAAUCAGUUUUCCUGCAAGUGUCCAAAUGACUUUACUGGUGAUCGCUGUCAAACCUACGUUAUGGCCAGUUUCUACCAAUCUCUUGGGAUUGAAUUUAUGGAGGCAGAGGAGCUCUAUCAGAAGAGAGUCCUGACAAUCACCGGCAUCUGUGUGGCUCUUUUGGUGGUGGGCAUAGUCUGUGUGGUGGCCUACUGCAAAACCAACCUCCCCCCCAGGAAACAGAGGAAGAAGAUGCACAAUCACCUGAGGCAGAACCUUUAUGUGGAUCAUCCCAACCGAAACCUGGCCAACGGACCCAAUCACCCAGGCCCAGGCCCUGAGGAGAUACCCAUGGUAGAUUAUAUCUCCAAAAAUGUACCGGCAACUGAGAGGGUCAUUAGACACGGAGCAGAGGCACCUUUUCCAGGCAGCCGGCAGUCUUCCAGAUCCCACAACUCCUCCACCCGGGCUCAUUCCUCCACUCACAGACAUGAAGGGAGAACGUGGAGUCUGGAGCGAACAGACAGCGUCCUCUCCGACUGUCCUUCCGACAUGAUGUCGUCCUCAGUGGGGACCAGUAAAUGCAACAGUCCUGCGUGCAUGGAGGCUCGGGCCAGACGUGCCGCACACUGUGGCUUUACUGAGCCCCACCGGCCGGCCCUGCAGUACGGCGACUCUUUCGACUCGCUUGGGGACUCUCCGCAUAGCGACAGGUACGUGUCAGCAUUGACCACGCCGGCUCACCUGUCUCCCGUGGACUUCCAUUACUCACUGCCCCCGCAGGUGCCUACCUUCCAGAUCACGUCUCCCAACGCCAGCCACGCCAUGUCUCUGCCCCCCGCCGCACACGCUCCCUACCCCCCGGAGGAGGACCAGCCGCUGCUGCGGCGCUACCAGGUGCCACUGCACGAGGCACGGGGCCACGAGCCCUACCGGCAGCAGCAGCGUGGCAGCUACCUGCGGGACAGCACGGGCAGCCUUCCCUCCAGCCCCUACCGGCUGGCUCAGGAGGAAGAGUACGAAAGCACCCAGGAGUACCUCUCCUCCAUGGAGCAACCAAAGAGAAGCAGUCGCCGCUGGCGCAGGUCCAGACUCAAUGGCCACGUGGCGCCACGUGGCUACCAACCGUCCCGGGACUUGGGCUCACGCACCUGCCUGUCGGACAGUGAUUCGGAGGAGGAGGAAGGUGAGAGCACGCCCUUCCUCAGUAUGCAGAAUAUGAACGCCGCCGAGCCCUCCGCCCUCUACAGGCCCGUGCCCGACACACGGACUUCUCACGCCCAGAGCGGGCGGCACGGGCCACGUGCCAACACACAGACCAGACUGACGCACUCGCGCCCCAAACUGGACAAUGCACCCCACUAGAGAGACCACCACCUAUCCACAAAAAAACCCGAUCUACUAUAGACAUGCACCUAUAAGAAAUAUUUUUAUUUUAUAUAACUGACAGAUAUUAUAAACAAAUGAAAUAUUUAUUUUCAUUUUAGCAAAAGUUGUCUACUAGUUAACAGCAAAGACUUUUUUUAUAGGGAAAACUCUAUUUAUAUGUACAUUUUGAUUUACAGCAUAAAAAAGAUGUGCCAAUUUUUUCACAACUUAAAAAAAAAAAAUAGAGUAAUAUUGUGGUGCCUUUUGCUGUAUGCUGAUGCCAGAGGGCCAGUGGAGUUUUUUGUAGCCUUUCUUAUACGGACGCCUCAUUUUUUAUACUCGUUUACUCUUUUGUUGUCUCUUUUUGGCCUUUUUUUCCUUUCCUUUCCUUUCCUUUCAAGGUUGUGUUUUUUGGGAGCUGACCCCCAUUUGAACUGUGACAUCCCCCCUCCACCGUCAUGCAAUAUAAACCACUCUAACAUAA